AUGGUAGCACACAACUGGUUGUGGCUUUCACGAGGCAAGGCACGCCGCGCGCGCUCUCUCCGCGAGAGCAUUCCGCUCCGAACAUUCCGUGUCGCUCCGAGAUCUCCGUCGUACGCGCGUCGCUGGAUACGCGCUUGAAAAUCUCGCGCCGAGGUAUAUUGCGAGAUAUAUCGAGCCACGGCGACGAGUUUCCUCGCUCGUGGGAGUGUCCCUCCGGUUGUGUUCGACGCGAGCUGUCAAAGAGAGGAGUCCGUGUUUCUUUUUUUUCCCCUUUAUUUUCCGGAGCGAAAAGAAGAGCGCGCUCUCGAGGCGCGGCGUGUCACGUGCACGCGUUUCUCGCCUGCACGUGACGUUCCCGCCAGCCCCUUCGCGCGGAGAUUUACAUUUCCAGCGCGAAAUAUGAAAUAACCGCGCGUAAAAUACUACGCGAGUGCUGGUGCGGAUUCUGCGAGAUUCUCGAGGCCGUAAAUAUACUCGGGUGAGAACGUCACGUGGCGGCCAACAUCACGAUGUUCCUCUGCCAGCGACUAGCGGUGCUGCUGCUCGUCGUUAUCGCGCGACCAGCCGCGAGUUACUUCAAUCUCUUUCUCACGAAGACGGAGGUCCACAAGCUGAUGGGCCUGUCAGAUGCAGAAUUAUAUUAUGUCAAGGAAGGCGUUAUAAAUGAAUAUGCUGUGAAAUUCAUUGUUCCUGUAUCGGCGCAGCUUCACAAACUUCACUUUACGUGGGAAAAUCUCGCUGGUAGACCGCUGUCGUACAUGAUGUCCGUGGAUAUCAGCAAUCCCUCGGCGCUAAGUAGCUCCCUGAACAUCUCUCAAGUCGGCGAGAUACCACUAGGUGGCCUGCAGACAUGGGCCUUAUCGUUGUACUGCGGACCCUACGACGCGGAGAUCGACGUCUCUCUUCGAAUAAACGUCUCGCUGUCGCGGAAGAACAACACCCAUCUAGAAUUUAGGCGAAAGAAGAUCUGUCUGAAGGACAAGAGCUACAUCGGCCGCGAGGAGGAGGUCCUGGUCGCUGUCUCCGGCUCCACCACCGGCGGUCAGGUCUUUUAUGUGGCGAUUAGUUGCGCGUGUGCACUCAUCGCGAGUAUUUUCGUCCUGGUGGUGAUCUAUUACGUGCGCAACAAGAAGGCCAGGAGACAUCGAGAUCCUCUUCAGGAAUCCAGGGGGCUCAGCUCAGCAUGCAGUAUAGAAAGAGGUGCCGGUGUGGGACCUGCGCAAACCUUUUUAUCGCCGGAAACACCGCCACCUGCGUCCGCUGCCUCAGGAUCGACCUACAGAAGACUCGAUGAUCGCCCUAGCAGAGAACUGCACGAAAGAAUCCAGGAAAUCACAGUACAAAGGUGCAGGGUACGUCUCCUUAGUAUCGAAAUGGAAGGAACAUUUGGACGCGUGUAUAGAGGUAGUUAUCACGAAGAGGGUGCAUUAUCCCCGAGAGACGUGCUUGUGAAAACUGCUGCUGAGCACGCAUCUCAAUCACAAGUGGCUCUUCUUCUACGAGAAGGUCUAGCCCUCUACGGGCUCAGUCAUCCAGCAUUGCUUCCGGUUCUCGGUGUCUCCAUCGAAGACAGAAGCGCGCCUUUUCUGCUUUACCCGCACACGGGUUAUAGAAACAUGAAGAGAUUCUUGCUAAGGUGCAAGUUAAGUAGCGAAGGACCUCCAAGAGCUCUCACCACGCAGGAAGUCGUUGAAAUGGCACUCCAAGCCGCCAAAGGUGUACAAUAUCUUCAUAGAAAGAGGCUCGUUCAUAGAGACUUGGCUGCCAGGAAUUGCGUUGUUGACGAUGACUUAAGAGUGCAGAUUACGGAUAACGCAUUAGCUAGAGAUCUGUUUCCGCAAGAUUAUCACUGCCUUGGUGAUAACGAGAAUCGUCCUAUCAAGUGGUUGGCGAUAGAAAGUUUACUCACAAAGACCUUCACUACAGCUUCUGACGUGUGGGCAUUUGGGGUUUUAUUAUGGGAGCUAACGACGUUGGCGCAACAGCCUUAUGUAGAAGUGGAUCCUUUCGAAAUGGCAUCCUAUCUCAGAGACGGUUACAGAUUGGCACAGCCGAUAAACUGUCCGGACGAGCUAUUCGCGGUGAUGGCAUAUUGCUGGGCCAUGUCGGCAGAAGAGAGACCGACAUUUAGUCAAUUGAUUAUCUGUUUGCAAGAUUUUCACACUCAAUUAACGCGAUAUGUUUAAUUGAGCGUGAUUGUAAAAAAAAUAGGACUGGACUUUUGUUAAUAAGAUGUCUCAAAUUUCUGAACAUAUCGAACAUUUUAUCUCGGAUUUAAUAAUCUCAAGACACCGAUAAAGGAAAGCGCUUUUGUAUAUACUCUAGUAUUUAAGUACUCGCACAUAAUUUUAACAUUUUAAUUUUCGCAAUUAUAGCAGUUGUAUGUAUGAUAAUCGAAUCUAAUGUAAUAUAUCGCAUUUUUCUCUUCAAAAAUUAUUUAAUGUAAGUAGGUUGCUUAAAAAAUAACUGUCGGUCAAAAUCGAAUUUAAAACAGAAUAGAAUUUUAUUACUGUGCAAUGAUUUGCAUAAAGCAUCAAAAAAAUUUUAUUGAGACGUAAUGUCAAAAAUAUCAAACAUAAAAUA